GGUCCACGUGUCCUCGUACAGUGCGGCUUGCUGGGGUCACCCCCAUCGUGCCAGGCUGGGCUCCUAGGAGCUCUGAGGUUCAGUCUCGUGGGUCCACGGCCGAGAACUCUCAUCUCAAGCCCUGGGACCAAGUUUAGGGCUUUUAAUCCGUCGAUCAGAGACCGGGUUCCAGGUUCUGCAAGGUGGGUGGUGGUGGGGGGGGGGUCGUUGAUAUCCCGUGGCCGCAAUGGAACUCGCCGACCGAGGCGUCCCCGCCUUCGAGGAGCCGAGCAAAGAGGCCAAGACCCACUUCAAGCUCUGCCGCUUCAUCAUGGAAGCAGGCGUGAAGCUGGGCAUGCGCUCGGUGCCCCUGGCCACGGCGUGCACCCUCUACCACGCCUUCUUCUCCGAGGUCAGCCUGGACGACUACGACCCGCACCUGGUGGCCUCCUCCUGCCUCUACCUGGCGGGCAAGGCUGAGGAGCAGCAUGUGCGCCUCCGCGACAUCAUCAACGUGGUGCACAGGCAUCUGAACCCUGACAAAGAGCUGCUGCAGUUGUCAAAGGAGUUCUGGGAGCUGAGGGACAGCCUGGUGCAGUGCGAGCUCCUCAUCCUACGAGUGCUCAAAUUUCAGAUCUCCUUCACACAUCCGCACAAGUACUUGCUGUACUACCUGACAUCGCUGCGCAACUGGAUGGGCACGUGGGCGUGGGAGCGGGCGGGCCCCCUUGCCGAGACGGCCUGGGCCCUGCUGAGCGACAGCUACCUCCGCGGCGGAGCCAUCCUGCGGCACCGAGCGCAGCACGUCGCCGCCGCUGCCCUCUACCUGGCGCUUGAGUGCCGUGGAACAGAGGUUCCGGGCAACCGCGAAGCGCGCACCUCCUGGUGGCAGGCGCUGUGCGAAGAAGACCUUUCCUAUGAGGUCUUGAACGCGAUCGUGUGCGAACUCAUCUCCACCUACGACCUGGACGGCCGCGUGUGACUGCCAUGAAAUGUGCGAUGGAAGAGAAGAAAACUGUCGCUUAAAUGACAUGGCAAUAUCGGGACAGUCAAUUUGUCGACACAAGGGAUUAUCCAUGCAGUUGAUGAUUUAUAAACUGGAAAAGGUGUGAUUGUGACCAUGAGUCUUCCUAUUAUGCCUUGCAUGUCAAGUGACAUCACAGUACUUCUUGCAUCUAACUUGCGCAGAGCAACUGUUUGUGCCAUGCCCAUUUUCAAAGAUGUCACCAAUCAUGGCCUUACAUUUAGUUCUGUCCAUAAUAUUACUCAAGAACAUUGAAUUAAACUAGAUUCGAAGCUUUUGUGACUGCAGGAAUUACUCUUUAGUUCUUUCGGUAAAGUCACGUAGAAAAAAAAAAAUUUUGGAAGAACGUAAUCAACCAGGUGGGGUGUUGACUGUUUUGUUGGCCGACUGUGUUGUAUUGCAUUAUAUUUCCAAGUUUACUAUGUUUUCUCAUUUGUAUCUGAUGAUGGUUGCUUGUGUUGCAAUUGAAACGUCAUUUUCUUAUAUUAAUUAAUUUAGCUUAUUUCUACGUGACUUUACCAAAAGAAUCAAAGAAGAACAUUGAAUUAGUUACUCCCAGUUGCAUCAAAUUUAUUUAGCCCUUAAUUCGCUGUCUUCCCUGGUUUUUGUGGUACCUAUAAAUUUCACAUUUAUAUUAGGUCUCUUUUCUCAUGACGUCCAAGAAAUCUAUGACUUUCCUCUCUAUAUCCAUGUUAUUCGUGUACCUGCUAACCGUGAUACAUUUGCUACUCAUCUUGUCUGUGUGUGACGUUUUGAACAACCGUAACGUUUAUAGUAGAUAUGUGUUUUUAUUUACAGAUUAAAACUUUUUCACAAGUGAUACUCAUUUUACAUUCACGAGUCUCUGUAAUCUGAGCCAGGGAUUAAAAACUGUGCCCUGUCCGCUCAGCUACAACGUCUUGUGACACCUCUGGCCUGACCAUAUUCCCCACAACUCUGCUCCCUUAUGCCGCCCACCUGGCAUAGGGUUUGGGCCCCCUAACUCGUAAAAUGGCAGCGCUGUUUAUUCAAGAGUGCUUUCGUUUUCUUGGAGUUAACUUUAGUGGAGUGAUGUUCCACACUUUGUACAUAUUUCUUCGACGACUUACGUUGGUGGACUCUCAACGAGUAUUUUUAUAAUGUUUUGUCCAAUGUUGUAAACUUAAUACUGUAUCUGUAUCAGAUGCAAUAAAGCUUGCACUCUG